AUGGCAUCAAGCAUACCAUCCCACCUCGUCCACUCCGGCGGUGGCGGCGGCAGGCAACGCAGCAGCAACAGCUUCGGGUCUCUCAGCGGCAGCGGGAGCCGGAACGGCGGCCUGGGCAGCCGGCACGCUUCCCACGCCACGCUCAAGGAGGAUGCCAUCAACGAUUGGCUCUCGACGAGCGACGCAGCGGCCAUGCCCGAUCGCAUGCCGGCCACCCCGACGGGGCCCUGUGACAUCGACACAUUCAUCGUCCACGACGAGCUCGGCGGAGGCGACUCUAUCGGUCUCAUGGACGACGUUGUCUCGCCCGCUGUGCGAUGGAACGCCAUCCUAGAAAGUGCUGGUGGUGGUGGCGGCGCGGAUGAUGGCUUCGCAAAGGGCUGGGGCGACGCCGAUCUCGAGUUCAAGGCCAGCACACUCAUCGCCAACCUGCACGUCGACGACUUCUUCCACGACAACGCCUCGAGCGCGGGAAGCAGCUACGGUGGUGGCGUUGGCGUCGGCGCUGGCUGCCACGGCACGCUCAACCUGCCUGGCUGGAACAACGGCCCGAGCGACUUCCACCAUGGCGCGCUGGACUCGGACGCCGACUCGCCCGACGGCGUGUGGUGUGCGCAGGGUCGGCUGCCGUCCCGCUCGCUGCGGCGUUCGGCCAAGCUCAACAGCAUGAUCAGCGUCGAUGCGCUGCAGGAGAGCUAUGGCUCGCCGGGCGCGGGCCUCGGACUGGUCGCGGUAAACAGCCCGUCGCCGCCGGCGAGCACGAUGCAGCCCAUGGCCGCGGUCCACGCCGUCUCGGCCUCGUCGCCGCUGCUGGCGCCGCCCCGCAUGCUUCGGCAGUGCAGCUCGGCACCGCAGCUUCAGCGCGACGACGACGAGAUGCUAGAGCCCGCGUCGUUCCUGGCCGGCCCACGCUUCUCGAACGAGAGCGGAACAGCGGCCGCCAGACCGGCGUCCCGCUUUACCACCGCGGCCGACCUGCUCGGCACCUCUGGCUCGAUGUGCGCCGGCACCCAGAACCCAACCAUCAGCAUCAGCCUUGCCACGGCGUCCGGAGGCGGCGCUCAGCCGGGAAGCGGCAGCCAGCCCUCGGCCCUCUUCCAGCGUCGGGCUGUGCAGCGCGAGGGCCACAUGCCUGCCCCUUCGCCCGUCAACGUCGACACGGCCCAGGCCCAAUCCCAGAGUCAGACAUCGUCGCUGGCCGCCGCCCAGGGCCAGGAGAACCAGGCCCAGUCGCAGGGCGAAGCUCAGACGCCCGCGUUCGACAUCCCGUUGAGCGAGCUGACGGCGGCUGACCUGGAAAAGAUGACCGAGGAGCAGCGGCUGAAGCUGGCGCAGCUCCACCAGCUCCACGUCGCCCAGCAGGCGGCGCGGCUGGGCGUCUACUCGGACUUUGUGGCGCCCAGCCAGCAGUUUGCGGGACAGGAGGCGAGCGAACGCGCCGCCAAGGCCGUCCAGGCGGCGCUCCUGUACGGCAUGGAGGGCAACGGUCCGCGCCGUCUCAGCGUGGGUAGCACCGGACUCCCCACGCCCAUCACGCCGCAGCACCCGCUCAACCCCGGCCCCGGCCAGCCUGGCUACGGGUUGGUCGGCCACCCUUACCUCUCCCAGUACGCCAUGCCACAGCAGCACUAUCGGAUGGGCGGCAGCGCCGUCGGUGGACGCAUGCCCGGCAUGCCCAUGUCGGCCAUCGAGACCAGCUUCCCGCCGUCCAUCUACUACCCGCAGCACUCGUAUCACCACCACCAGCAGCAGCAGCAGCAUCAGUCCAUGUUUACGCCGCAGUACCUCCAGCAGCAGCAGCAACACCACCACCAGCAGCACGGCGGUGGUGUGUUCAUGACGCAGCAGGUCUCGCAGGACAUGGCCGGGUACACGUCGACCUACCCGCCUCCCCGCGAAGACGCGAGCAUGCCGGCUGAGACCAGCACCGGAGCAACGACGGGCUCUGGCGGAAGAGCAGUCGGCAGCGACGUCUUCGAGCGGACCAUGCCUCAUUCGGCUCCCGGCGACCUUGCCUCGGAGAUCGCGGCUAACCCGAUGCAGCUGCAGAUGCCAUACACGAUGCAGACGCAGCCGCAUCAGCAGCAGUCACAGCCACAACAGCAGCAGCAGCAAGCGGCGGUCGAGGUCGGCGUGACACCCGUCGAGCUGCACCAGCCGGUGCCGCAACGGCCGCUGCUGACCCAGUACCACCACCAAGGCUCGAUGUCCUUCCCUUCGUCGGACGCGCAGCCCCACCACUAUCACCACCAUCACCAACAACAAUCGCAAGGACAGCAGCAGCAACAGCAGCCAAGCUUCCAGCAGAUGUCGCAGAUCGAACCUCGGUCCGCGCCUGCCGGAAUCGAGUCAAGCCAGCUGUCAAUGCAGCAGCAGCAGCAGCAACAGCACACCCUGCUGCUGCUCCAGCAGCAACAGAGGCAGCAGUCCGAGGAGCGAAGGCGGCAGCUGCAGAGCAAGGCGUCGAUGCCGGCCAUCACGAGCCGCAAGCACCAGCCCGCGCAGCUCUCGGCCCCGCUCAGUCCGCCGCGCUCGCCUACCAAGAUGAAGAGCAGCCCCCAGCUGCGCGGAUCAACCACCCCUCCCGCUGGCGGCGGCGGCGGCGGCGGUAGCAAUGCUUCGUCGACGUCGAGCAAGUCGCCUUCGAUCCGCAAGAUUGCGUCCAACAAGCGCAUCAACGCCGGCAUCGGCGGUGGCGCGGGAUCGUCGUCGUCGUCGUCGUCGGUGCCCGUAGCAUCGGCGGGGGCGACGUCGACCAAGUCGCUGGGCAAGGCAAGGAGCAUGAUGCUCGACUCUUCGAGCGGCAUCACAGCGGCCUCGCCCAGCCCUUCAGCCGCCUCGUCCUCGCGCCGCCUCCGCACCAUGAGCCACGCCAGCCUCGCCUCGUCCUCGUCGAAAGGUGGCGGCGGCGGCGGCGGCAGCAGCUGGAAGUCCAAGAGCCCGACGCCGACGCCGGGAGGAGGCGGUAGCUUCAACUUUUCCUCGCUGAGCUUCGUCAACUACGGCAUGGACGAUGCCGACGAGCUGUGCUCGGCCGUGGCGCCUUCGGGAUCGUACAAGGUGCCGCUCAAGGGGUACGGUAGCAGUGGAAGCGAGAGCCGGAGCGACGACGAAGACGACGACGAGACGGUGGCGGGCGGUGGCGAUCGCGACGAGGUCGGCGGCGGCGGCGGUGACAGCCCCGUCAAGAAGGCCAGGACGGCCUCGAGCCGUUCGCGAUCUAGGACGGUCUCGAGGGCGGAAAGCCUGGGCAACCUCCGGACCAAGAGGAGCCAGGCUGCCUUCCCCGCCGAGUUGAGGAAUGAUCCGAGGGUCAGGGAGAGGAGUGAGAGCGUCGCCAGUCGCAGGUGA